AUGUCUACCUAUCGUCACGUACAGCCCCAUCUUCGGAACGGCUACGACAGACGGUACGAUAGACGGCCAGAGCCAGAGGCACAAUACUCAAGCGAAGAAGAGUACUCGGAAGAGGAAGACGACUACGAAGACGGGUACGGGGAAGACAUUGAUCCCUCUGAUUCCGCAUCCAUAGCCGCCUACGACAGACCAAAGCUACGCACCCGCCCCUCCGAAACAGCCACCGCACGGCGCCAGCGAGCUCCCGCUAGACAGGACGCUUCUCACCAUCAGCAGGUGCAGUCUUACGCACCGGCCGCCGCACCGCCCAGCGUGGAUCCCUCUGAGGAUUACGGCCGCUAUGGCCACUAUGGCCAGCACCAGCAACAUGCCGCUGGUCGCAACGGCUACUACGGCCGCGGGCAUCCAGCAUAUCCUGCCCAGCAACAAAAUCAUGUAGGGCCGUACAUGGGUUACAGCGGCGCGAACCAGAUGAACCAGAUGACUCCGUAUGGCAACUACGGCGCAAAUCCAUUCUCACCCAACAGUUCAAGCACUGGUAGCUACUAUGGAGGUGAACAGAGGCACAUGUAUGAUAUGAUGCCUUAUGGCGCUCCUGCUCCGCCGGGCUAUUAUAACGGGCCGCACGGGGCCCACUACAACGGCUUGCCGCCUCAUAUGCAUCAAUAUCACUUGGCGCCGCCACCGCCGCCGCCAACUGAGGCUGCCGCCCCCCCUGCGUCCCCGGCCCCGGCUGCGAAAGAGCCCACACCGGCUCCGCCCCCGCCACCUGAUCCUGAGAAAGAGCGUCUUCAGAAAGAGCUGGCUGAUUUCAAGGCCGAGCAAGAGAGGGCAAAGGAAGCUGCGAGACAGAAGGAAAUUGAGGAUAAGAUCCGCAAAGAUGCCGAAGAUGCUCUGGCUAAGAAGAUGGAGGAGGUGCGAUUACAGGCAGAGGAGGCAAAGAGAGAAAUUGAGCGCGCCAGGGCAGAGGCUGAGCGCACUGCUCGUGAGAGGCUCGAAGCUGAGAAGAAAGCCGAAGAGGAAAGGAGGCGACUGGAGGCUGAAACUAGGGCUCGAGUAGAGGAAACAGCGAGGCUCAAGUUUGAAGCCGAGAUAAAAGCUGCCGAAGAGCGGAGGAGGAGGGAAGCGGAGGACCGAGCUCGAGCUGAAGAAGCAGCUCGACUUCGUUUCGAGGCCGCUUUGAGGGCAGAAACCGCUGCUAAGGCGGCUGCUGAGAAGAAAGCGGCCGAAGAAGCCGCCAGGAUCGAGGAGCAAACACGCCUCCGUCUCGAAGCAGCUAUGAAAGCCGAGGCCGAGGCCAAAGCCGCCGCCGCAAAGAAAGCUGCCGAAGAGGCUGCCAGAAUCGAGGAAGAGGCUAGACUCCGUGUUGAGGCUGCGCUCAAGGCGGAUGCCGAGGCCAAGGCCGCUGCGGCGAAGAAGGAGGCUGAGGAGGCCGAGAGGCUCCGACUCAUACACGAAGAGGCCAAGCUCAAGGCCGAAGCUGAACACCGAGCCCGGAUAGAGGCAGAACAAGCUGCUGCGCAAAGAGCUGCUGAAGCUGUCGCCCUCGCCAAGCAGGAGGCUGAGGAACUUAAAAAGAAAAUUCAGGCGGAGACUAAAGCGGCUAUCGACGAAGCCAACAAAAAGGCAGAGGAGGCUGCUAAAAAGGCAGAGCUAGCUCCCAUCAAGUUCAAAGACGCUGUUGGCCGAAAGUUUAGCUUCCCGUUUCAUCUGUGCAACACCUGGCAGGGAAUGGAAGAAUUGAUCAAGCAAGCGUUUCUACAAGUCGACGUUCUAGGGCCGCACGUCCAAGAAGGCCAUUAUGAUUUGAUUGGUCCUAAUGGCGACAUCAUUCUCCCGUCUGUUUGGGAGAAGGUAAUUGAGCCCGACUGGGCUAUCACUAUGACCAUGUGGCCCCUCGACAAAGCACCACCUGUUGGUGGCUCUAAACUGCCUCCGGGAGUACCACCGAUGUCACAUAGGCCUGAUGGUCAUGGUCCUCCCCCGCCGCCAAUUGGAAUUCCACCACUCGGUCGACCAAGACCUAGUGUCCCAGGGAUGCCAAUGCCACCUCCGCCUGGAUGGAACGGCGGUAUACCUCCACCUCCUCGGGGACCACCAGGCGUAUCUCCUAAUAUUAAGAUCGUGAACGCGGCGCCACCAAAGAAAAAGAGCAGCUCCAGCAGCAGCAAACAAAACACUUCUAUGCUCAAUUUCUUAUCUGGAAAGCCUCCCGUCAAAAAGAAGUAA